UCGUCCUGCAGCAAACAAGCAGCAUUUGACACGAUUCUCUACCUGCAGUUUGAGACGCAGGCCUGUCCAGGAUGAAAAGGGUCCGUGUUGUGGUGGUGGGAGCGGGUGUGGUUGGCUUCUCCACUGCCGUCUGCAUCGCUGAGGCUCUACCUUUCUGCUCCGUGACUCUGCUGGCUGAGAGGUUCAGUCCAGACACCACCAGUGACGGAGCUGCUGGGAUCGUGGUUGCUGCAAAGUUUCCUGAUAUUCCCUUGGAAAGACAAAAACGCUGGUUCAAGAACAGCUUUGAUCACCUGUUGGCCAUUGCUCAAUCCCAACACUCACCUGAAGCUGGAGUAAUGCUGAGCUCAGGCUGGCAAGUUUUCAAGGACGUUCCAGAUGAGAAGAAGCCCUACUGGUCGGAGUUGGUGAUUGGCUUUCGAUACAUGACCGACAGUGAACUGAAAAGGUUUCCGGAUCAUAAGUUCGGACAGGCGUUCACCACCGUAAAAUGUGAAUGUUCCAGCUACCUGCCGUGGCUCGAGAAGAGGUUCAGAAAAGCUGGAGGUCAAGUGGAACAGAGGAAGGUCAACAGUCUUCAGGAAUUAAGCAGCAGCUAUGACAUCAUUGUCAACUGCUCUGGUCUGGGCUCCAAACUGCUGGCGGGUGACAACCAGGUGCACCCCGUCAGAGGGCAGGUCCUCAAGGUGGAGGCCCCCUGGCUGCACCACUUCAUCAGAGAUGGAGAUGGAAAGACCUACAUCUACCCGGGGAUCCGCUGCGUCACUAUAGGCGGCACGAGGCAGGAGGGGGACUGGAGACUACAAGUGGACGGAGGCGACACGAGGGGCAUCCUGGAGCGCUGCAGCGCGCUGGAGCCGUCCAUCAGCAAAGCCAAAGUCCUCAGCGAGUGGGUCGGUCUGAGGCCGAGCAGGAGGAAUCCGAGGGUGGAGAGGGAGGUGGUGCAGCUGCAGGGUCGCAGGGUUCCUGUGGUCCACAACUACGGCCACGGAAGCUGGGGGGUCACGCUGGCCUGGGGAACCGCCCUGGACGCUCUGGGGCUGGUGAGGCAGUGCCUUCAUGAAAUGCCGCUACAAGCUAAACUAUGAACCAGGUCUGCCACUAAAUCCUGAUUUAAUCUGUGCCAGUAACACUCACCUUGAAAUAAUAAGACAUCCUGUCAGUAAGAUAGAAAACUAAUCAAAACUUAAAUCUUGUGGUUUUGCAGUAGGUUUUACAUUUUAUAGUGUGAAGAUGUGAGGGAAAAAAGUAUGUAAAAUAAUACAAUUUGGUGAACAUUUGUAUCGGGACUGGUUAUGAGAGAAUGUAAUUACUGCUUCUUCAAUUUUUAAAUACAGUUACCUUUAAGUACAGAGAUCAACGUUAAUUAACUUAAAUAGAAUAAACAAACAUUUAUUGAUGUGAAAUUAGAACAGGAAUUUACAGCCUUUUUAGCAAUUUACAAAGAAUAUAUGAAAGAAAACUUUAUUACUUAAAUGAAUGAACAGGAAUACACUGUAUGUCAUUUAUUGACGUGAAAUAAACAGCUCUUGUUAACAUAAAAGACAGAUGCUUGCUGAGUUGAAUGUAAUUAUUUAACUGUUUAAAUCAUUAUUUGCCAUCACUACUUGCAUUUAGAUUUUACUUGGAUAGAAACUAUUGUUCCAUACAUGUAAUAUAUAUAUAUAUAUACACACAAUCUUGAUGUUACAGUAAAUCAAGCAAUGAAUAAUUUAUUAAUAAAGGCUUUGUUUGAUGAACUAAAAAUGGCCACUUACUGACUCGGGGUGGUGAUGUUUGUGUAACUGCUGGACUCAGUUUCAGUCUCCUCUACAAACUGGAUUCAGCUGAAUGUAGAACAUCUGAAAUCGAGACAGGGGUGUCGACCAGACUGUAACCAGACUAAGGUGGAGAAACGUUAGUAAUAUGAAAAUAACUUAACACUGUCUAAACUUUAGGUAUGUUAUCGAGGGAGGAUUCAUUCUACUAGACUGAAAAUAUGAUUUUGAAAGAAAUUUAAAGGAAAUUUGUGUUGGGUGUAAUCCAAGUCAACCUUUAAAAAAAGCUUUAUAGCUAUUGUAUUAUGCCGUCU